AUUAACGAAUUAGAUUAAGAUGGACUUUCUUGAUCCCCUGAAGGGAAAAUUCCGUUUUCCACUUGCACAUGCAGUUGCAAAGUUACAUACAAUACACAGUUAUAUGCAUGCACACAUGUAUAUGCAUUGAGAGGAUCCAAAGCGGGGAGGCAGCCAGGCUAGCCGGCGCCAGGGAGCAGUUGGGGGUUCGGUGCCUUGCUCAAGGACACCUCCGCAGUGUCCCAGGAGGUGAACUGGCUCCUCUCCAGUACCAGUUCACACCAGCGACCCUUCAGUCCAAAGUCCAAGUCCCUACAAACUGAACCACUGCUGCCCCAAUACAUAACUAGAGUCAAUAAUAUGGGGUGGCUUUUACUAUGACUUGUUUUCUCAGUCACAUAAAUGAUUUAAUAAAAUAAUGACUUUUAACAUAUACCACUUUGCAAAUGAUCAUGUUAGUUAAGCUCAUUCCUUAAUGUACUUUUUAAUAAAUGAGAAUGUGCUUGAGUAAAACUAUCACUAUCAUUUUCAUCCCUUGCCGUUUGACUUCCUAUACAUUUACAUAUGUAUCUGUUUAUUUUUUACUGUGUGUGUAUUGUUUUAUUGUUAAUGAUUGAAAAAAAGUUUCCAAAUUUCCGAAAGCACUGGAAGGCAGCAUACUGAACUUUACUCAACACAUGAAGGCAACGUCCGUUAGCUAGCAGGCUAGCUUAGCAUUCUGCCAGCCUCGGUAAUCAGCGGUUCUUGGCUAUGCAGUUCCAAACAAUUUGGUUGGUUUAAUUAACGUGUCCUACUCCUAUGUAUGGAACAAUGAUUACCCAUGAUGUCUCAACAAAGCGUAGGCCAACAUAAACCACCACAGAUGGAGGAGUAUGUUUUAUCUGCGGGCAGAGCCGUGCUGGACAUGGUGGAGCGCGAGUGGCAGCCCCUGUCCCCCGGCGAGCUGGAGCAGCGGCUGGACCAGGCAGUGGAGGGGGUCCUGGAGGCUGAGAUGAUGGCGAAACUUAAAACUCAGCCUCCUCCUGCUUUAUACGACCAUUCACUGCAGAGUCAAACAAAUGUGCAACCCGAAGGUUUACAGACGACAACAUCGUGCGGUAGUCCCCCGGAGGAAGAGUCACCGGAGGAAGCUUUGGAGGCUACAGACGGUGCUGCUGUCCAGUACAUCACAGACCUGCUUCAAAGCUCCAAAUCCAGGGCUCGGAUGGCAGGACGAGCUCGCUUGUCCCUGUCUCACACUGUCCAGCUGUCCCUCACUCUGCUCUCUGAGCGCGUCAGCUACCGCUCUGUGUCCCGCCGCUUCAACCUAGAGAAAGGAAACAUCCACAGGACCUUCUUCUCUUUCUGUGAGCGCAUCAACACCUUGGAAGAUAGACAAAUCAGGUGGCCAGUCGGCAAAGAAGCUUUAGAAUCCCUUUUCCCACUUUGCAGUCAAGAGAAAGAGCAGGCCCAGCAGCAAUGUCUCCCUCAGGUCCUGGGAGUGUUGGGACAUACCCGCAUCCCCAUCCGCCUGCCUAUAGGAAAACACGAUGUGGAGAGCACAAUGCCUGAGGUGAAGAGGAUGAAAGAGGAGGCUCAUCCCGACUCCUGGCUAAACCUGCAAAUUGCAUGUGACCAUAAGGGCCGGUUCCUACAUUGCACAAUCAGUAAAGGAUCGAACAUGGACAGGGGCAACAUUCUGAAAGACAAACUCAAACAGCAUCCUGAUCUGAUGCCCCCUGACUCCUACCUCUUGGCCAGAGCUGGCUACCCACUCACUGCUCAGAUUUUAACUCCAUAUUUAGGAAAUCAGGGGCCAAGAGAGGAGCUCUUUAACAAGACUCUGGAUGAGCAUUUUCAUGUCCUUGAUCAAGCUGUUGCCAACAUGAAAGCCAGAUUUCAAAGGCUCAAAUAUCUGGAUAUAGGAAACUAUGAUCGAGCGAGAGCUGUUGUUCUAACAGCUUGUGUCUUGCACAAUGUUUUUUUGGACAUGGGACAAGUGAUUCAAGGAGACGUUGAGAAAGAGGGAGACACAACCCCAGAGGCAGAUGGGGAGGAAGAUGAAGAAGGUGCACACAGACGUGACAUCAUCUCAGAUUUGUUGUUUAAAAACUUUAGUUCUUUGAAUACAUGAUGUAAUGAUAUGUAGGGAGAAACGUUGGUUGUUAAAUGUAAAUCAACAGCUAACAUAAAGGGUUAUUUAAACCUCUAGGGUCUAACCCCUUUCUAUAUCUUUGGUUUGCCUGGUCACUUAAAUAAAAAUGCUUGGAUAACCUCAACCCUGUAAUUCAUCAUCAAGUAAUAUUCACCUUUCUUCUCAGGACAAACUAAGCUAUCAGAAUGUUUAUGCUGCAGGGAUGUCACAUACAUAUACACAGUGAAACGACCAUACAGACAAAAAUGUAUACUAAACAAAAAACUUUUUUUUUUAAAUUAUUAUUGUUUGGGAUAUAUUUCUGUUAAUACAGUCCUGUUGAUUUCCAAUUUUGUUAUACAAAAUGUUAGCUUUUUCUCUGCAACUGUGUGGGAGCUCCCUCUCACAGAGUUUGCCUUUCAUUUUACACAGCUCUUCCGCAUAUCACACCUUCCUGCUUUAAUUUGAUGCCAAAGUGUGUUCACUGGCAGAAGGGACAGCAGGUCACCCCACAUACCCUCACUGACUUUUUACUCCUAAUAGCUCACAGCCAAGACAGACAACUUAUGUAAAGGCUCUUUAUUAGAAUACUCUACAAGUUCACAAAGUGUAUCCUAUAAAUACAAUGACAAUACAAGCAUGUCUAUGAAUACUAUAAUUGUUAUCGAUACCUCUUUUAGGGACCAUUAUCAGUUUGACUAACUAUUGUUUUCAGAGUAAAAUGUGAGUAUAAUAGGUGGGGCCCACGUAGGGCCUGUAUAAAAAACAGCAAAACAUGUUCUACUCUUGCAUAGGUCGUUGACAUUUAAUAUCAAUAACAUGAACAGUGAUGGUGGUACAGUAACUCGUUUCUUUUAGGAAAAAAAUAAGUACAAAAAACAUCUAUUAGGAAAUAAAAAAGAACAACUUUGAGUAGGCUUGUGAUCUGCUUGCAGUAUAAUCAAAAGCUGUCCAGGGUAUUUUUUGGGGGUCAGCGUCUCAUGUCCUGUUUUCUGGUGUCAGGUUCAAAUGUGCAGAAGUCCGACUGGCCAAACUUUCCUAAAAUUGUGGAGCUUGCUGGGGAGCUUACCUUUCAAUGAUGGCACCCCAUUUACAGAGGCUAAGGCUUAGAGCAAAGGACAGGGUUUCCUCUCUUUCUCUCUGUCCUUGGCAUUUGGCUUUACUCUCGAUUAAAGGUGAGAUUGCCCAAAUUAAUCUUCAAAAAAAAUAAAAUAUAUUCAUUAAAGUAUAAAAAUGUGAUAACAUUAUUUUUCUCUGAGAUAAAAGUGGUGCAUUUAUGAGAAGGCAAAAAUGUUCACAAAGAAAACUGCUUCGUUUCCCCCAGGUCUGUAAUUAUUAUCUAUUCGUAUCGUAAAACUUGCCCUAAUUUUUUAUUUGCUCUUUUCCUGGUGCAUUGUCAAGUGUUUUUUUUGGUAAGAGAAACAUCUUUUGGGGUUUAAUGUCCAUCCUUUGAUAUCUGUGUGCUGUUUUUCUCAGCCAGGCUGGAGAUAGCCUGGGCCAGGUUGUUAAUAGCCUCUAUCUUCCUCUCUUCUAGGGCUUUCUGCUGAGCCCACAUGUUCAUCUUCCUCUCUUGCAGCUCCAUAUAAAGCUGCAGGACAUCUUGUGGAGGCCGGGCCGAGCAGGGAGCAGCUGAUGUAACAGGAGGUGUAGGGAGGAUUGGGGUAAACCUCUUGCUGGCUAUGGCAUUGCCCACUCUCGUCCCACUGAGCUUUGCCCUUCGCUGGGCUUCGACCUCCUCCCUACUCUUACCCAGGACCUCAUGCAUGGCCUUGAAAAACUCCCAGUGGAUGCUGGUCACCCCCAGCCUUUUUGCCCUCUCAGCAUUCUUCCUGUAUGUUGCCAGCAAGUUUCUCCACUUGAGGUCACACUCGUAGGCCUUCACUGUGACAUCGGUUACUUCUGACUCCUGCAGUUUGGUGUUCACUUUCUCUGCCACCAUCUCCCAAAGUUUCUUUUUCCUGCAUACUGGCUGAUCAAAAGCCUGGUCCAUUUCAAGUCUGGUGUUGACAAGGUGCCAUGUAGCCUGCAGGGUCCAUAUAAAUUCUAGAGAGGAAAACAAACAUAUAAGGUGUUUUAAAGUUACAUUUACACCAAUACUGUACUUUGUAUUUCAAUUGUAUGCAACUGCAUACUUUUAACUUCACUAAAUGUGUCUGGCAGCUUCAGUAACUUUUAGAUUGACAGUUUUUCAUCACCUUUACUUUCAGUGGUUUGCACAGGCCAGAAACAAUACACACAUGAUAAUUUGAUAUAGUAUGAUAGAUAGUGUAUCGAUUUUACAACCCUAGCAGCAUAUACAUCUCCAUAUAACUGCAUAAUCACCUCCUAAACGUUUCAUACUUUAAAUGCAGUUAACAGAUAAAACUUGCUUUAAAAGUACUUAUUAGUAACUUCAGUAAGGAUUUAAAUGACUUUUUCUUGUCGUGAAAGAUGUUUACAGGGUGUUAUUAGUACUUUCCCCUAAGCAAUUAGAUCUGAAUUUCUUUUGUGCAUUUCAUCUGUUGAUACAAAUAUAUUACCUUGCAUUUAACCGCUUUAAUCAUAUAAUAA